GAAGACCAAGGGAUUUACCACGGCAAAGUCCGGGACAUGAUCAGUGAUAACCAGUACCGGCUCCUCGUCAGCAUCAACGACCUGCGGCGGAAGAACGAGAAGAGGGCCAGCCGGCUCCUGAGCAAUGCCUUUGAGGAGCUGAUCGCCUUCCAGCGUGCCCUGAAGGACUUUGUUGCUUCUGUUGAUGCCACCUAUGCCAAGCAGUAUGAGGACUUCUACAUCGGGCUGGAGGGCAGCUUCGGCUCCAAGCACGUGUCACCACGGACGCUGACAGCCCGUUUCCUCAGCUCCAUUGUCUGUGUGGAGGGCAUCGUGACAAAAUGCUCUCUGGUUCGUCCGAAGGUUGUCCGGAGCGUCCAUUACUGCCCAGCGACCAAGAAGACUAUUGAGCGCCGAUACACGGACAUGACCUCCCUGGAUGCUUUCCCAUCUAGUGUCGUCUACCCUACAAAGGAUGAAGAGAACAACCCCCUGGAGACAGAGUUUGGGCUCUCGGUCUACAAGGACCAUCAGUCCAUCACCAUCCAGGAGAUGCCUGAGAAGGCCCCGGCCGGGCAGCUGCCCCGCUCGGUGGAUGUCAUUCUGGAUGACGACCUGGUGGACAAGGUGAAGCCUGGGGACCGCAUCCAGGUGGUGGGGACGUACCGCUGCCUGCCGGGAAAGAAAGGGGGUUACACUUCAGGGACGUUCAGGACCAUCCUCAUUGCCUGUCACGUGAAGCAGAUGAGCAAAGACGUCCGACCUGUCUACUCAGCUGCUGAUGUGGCCAAGAUUAAGAGAUUCAGCAAGAGUCGCUCCAAGGGUAUCUUUGACCAGCUGGCAAAAUCCUUGGCUCCCAGCAUCCACGGGCACGAAUAUAUCAAGAAGGCCAUUCUCUGCAUGCUGCUCGGAGGGGUGGAGAAGGUCCUGGAGAACGGGAGCCGCAUCCGAGGAGACAUCAACAUCUUGCUGAUAGGAGACCCUUCCGUUGCCAAGUCUCAGCUGCUGCGGUACGUGCUCAGCACCGCUCCCCGCGCCAUCCCCACCACUGGCAGAGGCUCCUCUGGUGUUGGCCUGACAGCCGCCGUCACCACGGACCAAGAAACUGGCGAGCGGCGCCUGGAAGCGGGGGCCAUGGUUUUGGCUGACCGGGGAGUGGUGUGCAUUGACGAGUUCGACAAGAUGUCCGAUAUCGACCGCACGGCCAUCCACGAGGUGAUGGAGCAGGGCCGCGUCACCAUCGCCAAGGCCGGCAUCCAUGCCCGCCUCAACUCCCGCUGCAGCGUCCUGGCAGCGGCCAACCCCGUCUACG